UAAGAAUUCUGUUAUUUCUAAAAUUUGUUCUAAACAUUUUUUUAUAAUUUUUAUUCUUUACUCUUUCAAGUUUAUUCUUGCUGUCUGUGCGGCAUAUUGUCGGGCGCUGUGCGGAAUAUUGUCUUUGGCAGGUGGUUAUUGAUUGUUGAUCGACACUUGUCAGCGUUUUGAUAUGAACUUUACUCUAGCAUACUAUAUGGCCUGACCGAAACUUUUCAUACGUUCGCCCCGAUAUUGACAAGCCCAGUUCAUUGCAUUUUACAAUGAGUACUCCCAGAAUUCCCCGAGUGCCAAUUUACCUUAAAAAAUCCAACCAACAUAUUUUAGCAAGUUUUGGAGAAUGCGUUGUCAAUUUUUUUGGAUUCGCCGACAAAGGAUCAGGAUACGUUAGAUUAACCCAGGAAAAAGAUGGAUUUAUAAUACAUGAAGUGAAUUCUUUGGAUGAUCCACAUGCUGUACUUCUAAAGCAUGCAUCAGAAUGCCCUAUACACAAAAUGACCGACAAAGCUUUACUUACCCAGGAGUGUAAAGAUAAAGGGGUUGGAAUGGGGGUGGCGAUUUUACUAACUAGUUUGGAUCAGUGUGUACUUGUCACUAGAAGAGCACCUCACAUGCGAACUUUUCCUGGAGUUUGGGUACCACCAGGAGGUCAUGUGGAACCUGGAGAAACAUUACUGACUGCUGGACUAAGAGAAUUAAAGGAGGAAACUGGACUGGAGCUCAGAGACACUUCUCACCAUUUGCUAGGACUAUGGGAAUCUGUUUACCCUCACAAGUUGGAAUUUGGGGAUCCUCAGAGGCAGCAUAUUGUCAUCUAUUUGGUGUUAAAUAGCAGUUUGUCAUCUAAGGAGUUGACUGAACAAAUUAGGUUGGACCCUGACGAAACAGAUGCAGCCAUGUGGCUUCCUUAUCCUUUUGUUGAAAAACUUUCUACAGGAAAUUCUGUCGAAGAUUUGCCUAAAUAUUUAUCGAUUCUGCAAAAUGUGAAUGGGAAGAAUGAAAAUUAUUCAGUUGACACGGGCCCUAUUGUGGAAGCCAUUGCACCUCCUAUAGAUUCGACUCAAUUAGACAUAGAACGCCUGACAUGGGGGACAAGAUUCGCUUUGCAGCAGUGGAUGAAAUGGAAUGUGAAUAAAAAACCCAACGAGUCAAAAUUGUAAACAUUUAUAUAAUCACUGUAAAGUUUAUACAAUCAAGAGAUUAUGUCGACUUUGUUUGAUCGUUUGUUUCGAUUUUGUUUGAGUUAUAAUUCUUCAUGCUUCUGUUUGGCUGCUCCAGUCCUAUUCGGAGGAAAUCCCCAAAAGCCAGACGGCAAACCAUUCACAUCUCGCUCACGUUUGGCGAAAGCUGUGAAUGAUGAAAUGCAGUUACCAAUGAAGUAGUUAGCGCGACCCAAAAUGGCCAGAUCGACAUGCGGCUCAGGAUUUGCUAAUUUGUGCACAGUAACCUGAAUUGAAUAGAAGGCAUUUAUAAUUAUAACUUAAGUUAAAGAGUGGUAAAUAUACUAACCUCCAUUCGU